AUGGCCGCUCGAGUCGUGGCCGGGUCUCAGCUAAAAGAGGAAGCUGUUGCAGCAGCGGAAGCCGCAGCGGCUGCUGACGCCGCGGCUGCUGCUGCGGCGGAAGAGGCGACGGGAUGCCCUGCGGGAGACAACAAGGCGGUGGAGUUGACCGUUGAGCAGAUUGAUUCUAUCUGCGAGGAAGCUGCAGCGGCUGUAGCGGCUACAGCUGCCGCAGCAGCCGGCGCGCUGGCGAGUGAGAAGUGGGAGGCGGAGGCCAGCAGCGAGGAGACGAACAAACGGAAAAGAAGACGGAGAGUUCACAAGAAGACGGCGGUGGGAAAUUUUCCGUCAGCGUCGAAUCAACCGGAGGAUGGUGGGAGGUCGGACGGAGGAAGGGAGGAGGGAAGCGAGACGACGGAGAGCGACGGUUCUGAGGAAGAGAGAGGGGGGACGGGAUUGGAUGCGAGAAUCGGAGACGCAGCGGAUGCGGCGGCGGGAAACACGGAAGAGGUGGAGCUGGAUUCGCAGGAGGAGGAUGGCGACGACGCGGGUCUGUCGCUGUUCGACACGGAGAAGAACGACUCUAUGAUGGACAUCGAUGGCCGCUCGGCGGCGGCGGAUGCGGCGAAGAGCUCCAGUCGAGGCCAGGAAGGGAUGCAGGAAAGAGUAGAGGCAGCUUCCAGGUUGGCGGCUGUGGAUGAGUCGCGGAUCGCCGUUGAGGUUGCCGAGGAUGACGCCGUCAAUCACUCUCGGCGGCAAGAUGCAGCCGCGGAGGUCGCGCCGGAGGAUGCGGAGAGCAAGCAUGGCGCGAAAGGCCGCGCCGGGAAGAGCGCCGCCGUACACGGCCUGAAGGCGACGGGGAAGGAAGCGCGGACGACGGCGACGGUGUCGCAGGUGCUGGUUCGCACGAGCAUGGAGUCGUGUCGCACGGUGGUUCUGCGAGUCAGGCCGAGCGACACCGUGGAUGACGUGCUGUGGCAGAUCCAGCGGAAAACGGGCCUGCCGGCGCACGAGCAUCGCCUCAUCUACGGGGGAAAGCAGCUCGACACCUCCGCUCGUCUGCAGGACGUGCCUGUGCCGCACGAUGCCACGCUGCAGCUGAUCGGACGGCUGAGAUCCACGCUCUUCCCCGACGUGUGGCUGCUGGUGGCGGAGAUGGAGGCGGGGCUGGCGCAGCUGCAGCGCCUGGAGGCCGUGGGCGCGGGCGUGGGGGAGCCUCCGCCGGGCGCGGGGAAAGGCGACGGGGGCGGAAGGGGGGCCGGUAAGGAAAAUGGGAGGGAGGGCGGAAGGACGGACGGGGUAGAAGCCCCCAUGCACGAGCAGCGCGCGGAAGUGGCGGAAGGUGGGAGGGGAGGCGGAGGAGGCGGAGAUGCGUGCAAUUGUGCGGUGGAGAGGGGCGGAAGGGGGAGAGGAGGGGGAAGAGGGCGGGGGAGAGGGAGAGGGAGGGGAGGCGGAGCAGCAGCAGAGGGUGCGAGUGGAGGUGCUGUGGAGGUUCAAGCAGGCGACAGAAUCGAUGUAAUGGAGCAAGAACCGGCUCAAGCUGAGCAGCAACAACAAACCCAACAGCAGGACCACCAGCAGCAGCAGCAGGAUGAGCAGGAAGCGCCAGGAAGCGGAGGUGGGGGCGGCGCAGUGGUGCAGGAGGCGGGGGGGAAGGGGCGGCGGGAGCGGCUGAGCAAGUACUACGAGGACAAGAUCCACUGCGCCAUGGCGCAGCUCUUCGUGCGCGCCGUCGACACCAUCCGCUCCGGCCACGACGGCUGGACCAUCAAGCUCGCCGAAUACAUCGAGGCCUUCAGGCUGGCAGGCGGCGUGCGGGCGGCCGUGCAGCUGCUGCAGCUGAAGGAGCCCCACCACAUGCGCUUUGCCGACCAGACCGUUGCCAGCUUCCUUGAUGAACGAGCCCUGAUCACGUACAUGCACGACUACGCCUGCCCGGGUAAAUUCGCGCCCCCACUGUUGGACUACCUGGGCCCCGUGCUCAUGGAGCUGCAUGUGCUGCUCGACUCCUGCCGCCUGCGACCUACUCUCACCACCAGGUGUGUGUGCGUGGGAGUUUUGUCGGUUCGCUCCUUCUGUGAGCACCUACGGCGCCCACUGCUGGACUACCUGGGCCCCGUGCUCAUGGAACUGCACGUGCUGCUCGACUCCUGCCGCCUGCGCCCGGCACUCACCACCAGGUGCUGGGACGCGUUGGUGAAGCUGUUUGGCAAGGUGCAGCUGGGUCGCUUCUGCCCGCAGCUCAACCGCUCCCCAGACUGGCUCGUGCGCAACCUCGCUCCCUUCCUCGAGAAGGCAGCCGCAGACCUCUGCAUAAGCCUGCACCAGCUCACCCUGCUCGCAGCAGCCAAAUCCGACAACCUCACCUCCCCCCUCACCUCCUCCGCCUCCUCCGCGUUCAAAACGUUUGCCUCGGCGAUUGUGCUCUCGCUGCCCUUCUGCCGCCCGGCCGUGCGCCAGUCCGCGUUCUGCCGCCCGGGGUGGCUGCUGACUGUGUUUGGCUCGGUGCUGAGACACGUGGACGCGUGCCUGGCUGAGUCAGCGCGGUUCGCCAGGCGGCUGCUUCUGCUGACGGAGGGGCCUGCUGUGCUGGCGAGCACUGCUGCUGCUGCCGCGGCUGCUGUUGCCACUGCCUCCUCUCCCUUCUCCCCUCCCUCCCACCCCGCCUCCCCACUCCCGCCCCUCUCUCCCCCUGACCUAGUCGGGCGAAUGGCCCUCUCUCUCCUCCCAGAACCCCUCCGAGAAUGCAUCCCAGCAGUCCUGCAAGGGCUAUAUCUCCUAGCGGCGGUGGCAGCAGGGGCGGGGAGAGGGGGCAGUGCGGAGCAGCUAGUGGGCCUCCUAGUGAGGCACAGGGGGUGUGUGAACGCGGUGAUUCAGAACCAGCACCUGGCGCCGGGAGGGGACCUGGCGUGGGUGUGCGAGCACAGGGAGCUGAUCGACAUGGAUGUGAAGAGACGGUGGAUGGGCGCUCUGCUGCCGGAGCCGGCCGAAGACCAUGCCAACCGAUGCACCGUCAUUGUGCACCGAGGCCCGUCGCUACUCCACGAGUCGUUCGAUCAGAUCUUCUACGCUCCCCCAGAGGCCCUCAAGUCCGGCUUACUCGUGCAAUUCGUCGACGAGGACGGCUCGGGCGCAGGAGUCCUGCGCGAGUGGUUCAUGCUCGUGGGCUGCGAGCUCUUCUCAGGCGUCAACGCCCUCUUCUCCGCGUGCCCGGACGACCACCAGCGCUUCUUCCCCUCGCCCUCCUCCGCCAUCAACCCCGGCCACCUCUCCUACUUCCGCUUCUGCGGCCGCGUCGUCGCCCUCGCGCUCAUGCACAACAUCCAUCUAGACGUCACCUUCGCCCUCGCCUUCUAUAAACUCCUAGCCGGGCGCGAGGUCACCUGGCGGGACUGUAAAGACAUGGAUCCGGAGCUGUUUGCGAGCUGCAGAGCGAUCAUGGCGCUGCCGGCGACAGAUGUGGAUGCGGAUGUGCUGGGGCUGACGUUUGUGUGCAGCGUGGAGGAGGGCGUGGGGGAGAGUCGCGUGGUGGAGCUGUGCCCGGGCGGGGAGUUCAUCAAAGUCACCAACAGCAACCGCCACGCCUUCAUUGAUCUGCUUGUCAAGCGGAGAAUUGUUGCGCCCAUGAGACUGCAGGCGCUGGCCUUUGCCGCGGGCUUUUCGGAGCUCCUGCACUGCCGUGACCUCCCCAUCUCACUCGCCCUCCACACCUCCUCGCUCCACGCCUCCUCCCUCCACGCCUCCUCCCUGCACGCCUCCUCUCUCCGUCUUCCACACUCUGUUCCUGCGGGCGUCAGCAUUCCUGCUGCUGGCGUCACUGUGACUCCUGCUGGCAUCACUCUGGCUUCAGCUGGCGUCAGCAUGCCUGCUGCUGGCGUCACCAUGACUCCCACUGGUGUGAGCACCACUAACCCUAUCAACCAGGUGCCCAUGGACGCAGCAGGGAAUGUGGAAGCAGGGGGGCAGCGAUGGGGCCGCGCGGCCCCCCCUGCUGCUGCUGCUCCAGCAUCAGCGCCAACACCACCAACAGAACUAACCGCACCACCAGCGCCACCACCACCAGCAGUAGUACCAACAUCACCAGUGCACGCUACAACCCCUCCCACAGUCCCCAUCACACACCCCGCAGCCAUUGCUACAACCGCCCUUUCCUGGCCUACUUCAGAUCCUAAUGCAGCAGCUACAGCAGCAGCAACAGCCGCGGCAACAGCCGCAGCAACAGCAGCAGCGGCGGCGGCUGUAGCAGCAACGGCCCUGUGGGCUGCUGCCUUGCAAGGGACGUCUGGACCCGUGCCUGCUUCCAUGCCUGCUUCCCUGGACACCCUUCCAGCACUCAUGGCUGCCCACGCUACAGCCGCUGCCACUGCUCCUGCUGCCACCCCUGCCACGGCUGCUGCCGCACUGCAUGGGUUCAUGAGCACCCUGCCGACAGUAAUCACCAGCCAGCCAUCAGUCAUGGUACCUCUCGCUACAGCCGCAACAGCCCCCAUUUCGACAUCCCCCGCUGCUACAGCUGCACUACCCAGCAUCCUACCCAUGGCUACAACUGUCAUUGCUGCUGCAGCCGGUCCAGGUGUGCCGACCACUCCCGCCUCUCUUCCAUCAGUUGUAGCGCCAAUGACGGUUGAUUCCCCGAUGGUGGCUGUAGCGCCAGUGGCGCCGGUGGUGGUGCCGAUGAUGAGUCCGGCUGUAGCGGUGGUGGAGAGCGGGUGGGUGAUGCAGCAGGCGCUGCGGCCGCUGGGCGCAGGGGACUUUGAGGCGCUGCUGUAUGGUGAGGAGAGGGACAUUGAUGUGGCUGACUGGCGCGCACACACGGACUACCAUGGCUACCGGGCCACCGACCCUGAGAUCGAGUGGUUCUGGGAAGUUGUGGAGGAAAUGACCAAGGAUCAGCGCAGGCGUCUGCUCUACUUCACCACGGCCAUCACUCGCCUCCCUGCUUCCGGCUUUGCUGGCCUGCAAUCUAGGUUCCACAUUCAUCUCGCAUUGACUGACACCACACAUCUGCCGACUGCACACACGUGCUUCCAUCAACUUGUGUUGCCACCGUACUCAUCCAAGGCGAUGAUGAGGCAAAGACUCCACACAUCGCCUAUCCGAGUAGGAGCGUCGCUCGUGGCCAUGGAGUUUCUGAAGAAGCUUCGUCAGCUGGACGCGUAUCCCAAGGUCAAUGAGGACUUCUACAGUCGCACAAUGUCCGGCGGCAUCCUCACGCUCCUCUCCUCCGUCGUCAUGGCCGUGCUCUUCAUCACCGAACUCCGUCUUUUCCUCCAGCCGAAGAUCGUCAACGAGCUCUCUGUGGACCUGUCCCGCGGAGAAACCCUCAAAAUCAAUCUGGACGUGACGUUUCCGCGGCUGUCGUGCGCGGUGCUGUCGCUGGACGCCAUGGACAUCAGUGGCGAGCAGCACCUCGACGUGGUGCACAACAUCUACAAGCGGCGGCUGACGCCCAUAGGGCUGCCGGUGGAGGGGAUAGACUCGAAGCACGAGAUAGGGGCGAAGCAGCACGACGUGCUCAAGAAGCGCGACAAGUUCGGCAACGUGGUGCCCGACGACCAGGACUUCUGCGGUAGCUGCUACGGUGCUGCUGAGACGGACGACCAGUGCUGCAACAACUGUGAGGAGGUGCGCGAGGCGUACAACAAGCGCGGGUGGGCCUUCAGCAACGCUGACGCCAUUGAACAGUGCAAGAGGGAGGACCUGAUAGACAAGAUUCAGGCGCAAGUGGGCGAGGGCUGCAACAUGUACGGCGUUCUCGAGGUGAACAAGGUGGCGGGCAACUUCCACUUCGCCCCGGCCAAGGUGUUCUACACGGCAGGCAUAUCCAUCUUCGACCUCGUCAUGUUCCACGACACCGUCUUCAAUAUAUCCCACACGGUCAACUCGCUCUCGUUUGGCGCCAAGUUCCCAGGAGCCGUCAACCCACUGGACAAGGCGCAGUGGGUGCAGGAGGGCGAGUCAGGCAUGUAUCAGUAUUUUGUCAAGGUCGUGCCCACCAUGUACACUGACUCGCACAACCACACCAUCGCCUCGAACCAGUUUUCAGUGACGGAGCAUUUCCGGCCAGCACCAUCGCACGACCACCAGUCGCUGCCAGGAGUCUUCUUCUUCUACGACCUCUCUCCCAUCAAGGUGCAAUAUUCCGAACGCUACACCUCCUUCCUCCACUUCCUCACGAACGUCUGUGCCAUUGUGGGAGGCAUUUUCACUGGCAUGAUGCAGGAGGUGAAGGAAGGCACGAAGGAGAAGGUGGAGGGAGCCAAGGCGGGGCUGAAGGAGUCCGUGGAGUAUGCUAAAGCGGACAUGAAGCAGACCUUCGAGAAGCUCAAGCACCCCAUGAACAGGGAGAAGAAUCUGGAGGCCCGUGAUGAGGCAUUCGAGAGGAAGCUGGAAGCAACGAGGGAGAAGCUGGAGAGGAAGGAGAUCGCCCACGAGCGACGCCAGGAGGCCACUGAAGAGGCGCUUCAGAAGGUGCAUGCGUCGAAGGCGGAGAAAGAGGUGGAGGAGAAGGGUACGGCUCAGCACGGAGUGACACCAGGUGCUGCCGGUGCCACUGCUGCUGGCGUUGGCGCCGCUGGCGCUGCUGGUGCUGGCGCUUACGGUGCAACCCACGAGCGCGAGCGUGGAACUGGCCUGGGGACGCAUGAGCGUGGUACAGGAAUCGGUUACGGGGAGACUGGCACUGGCACUGGAUAUGGUGCGAGCCAGGAGCGUGGUACUGGAGAAGGCGUGAUGGGGAAGGUGAAGCACGCUGUGACUGGAAAGCCCUCUGCUGAACGUCAGGCUGAGAGGGGCACUGGGUAUGGCGAAUCUGGCACCGGUUAUGGUGAGUCUGGCACUGGGUAUGGUGCGAGCCAGGAGCGUGGGACUGGAGGUGAAGGCGUGAUGGGGAAGGUGAAGCACGCUGUGACUGGAAAGCCCUCUGCUGAGCGACAGGCUGAGAGGGGCACUGGGUACGGCGAAUCUGGCACCGGUUAUGGUGAGACUGGCACUGGCUAUGGUGCGAGCCAGGAGCGUGGGACUGGAGGUGAAGGCGUGAUGGGGAAGGUGAAGCACGCUGUGACAGGAAAGCCCUCUGCUGAGACUGGUACUGGGUAUGGCCAAACUGGCACUGGCUAUGGUGGCACUCAUGGCGAGCGUGGGACUGGGACUGGUUACGGUGAGACCGGUACUGGGUAUGGUGAAACCCAGGGGCAUGGCACAGGAGGCAUGAUGGGCAAAGCCAAGGAGGCUGUGACUGGUGAGCGCCAUGCUGGCACCGGCACUGGCAUGGGUACGGGAACUGGUUAUGGUCAUGCUGCCACUCACGAGAGGGGAACUGGUACUGGCACUGGUUAUGGUGCUGGUACUGGCACGGGGUAUGGUCACGAGAGUGGUACUGGCACGGGGUAUGGUCACGAGAGUGGUACUGGCACGGGCUAUGGUCACGAGGGUGGUACUGGCACGGGCUAUGGUGCUGAGAGUGGUGCAGCAGGGACAGGAGGUGGUGGUUGUGGUAUCUUUGGGACGAUCAAGAAGGCGUUCACAGGAUCAAGUGAGCCCACGGCAGAGCGUCCUGUUGAAACUGGUCGCACCGGCACUGCCGGGCAGGAAGAGUAUGAUCCGACGGCUCCUGCCAGCCUAUCCAUUGGCUCCCGAGUGGCGGGGUUCGCGGGUCUCUGCGUCGCCUCCAAUCAGGACGAGGAGGGCGGUAAGCGUCGGCGACGUGGCGCACGCCGAUUCGCCGGACUGGUGCUGGUGUCGUCAGCCGCCGCUACAGCCACACCCGCAACAGCGACCCCUGCUACAGCUGCUACAGGCGAGAAGAAGACCUGUUGUGGAGGGAAGAAGGCGAAGGUUGAGGAGAAGAAGAAAAGCUGGCCCCAGAUCAUUCUAGAGGGAGCAGUGGCAGGAGGAGCAGCGGGUGUGACGGUCGAGACGGCCUUGUACCCCAUCGACACCAUCAAGACUCGCCUGCAGGUGGCCACCUCGGGAGGCGGCAUCAACUUCAAGGGGCUCUACUCGGGCCUCUCUGGCAACCUCGUUGGCGUGCUGCCAGCGUCAGCCAUAUUCAUAGGCGUGUACGAGCCGGUGAAGGCUUUCCUCCUGAACGCCCUUCCUGACAACAUCAGUGUUGCCGCUCACCUGGCAGCAGGAGCUGCAGGAGGCACAGCAGCUUCUCUUGUUCGAGUGCCCACUGAGGUGGUGAAGCAGCGCAUGCAGACGGGGCAGUUCCCCACUGCAGUCAACGCUGUCAAGACCAUUCUCUCCAAGGAGGGAUUCAGGGGGCUCUAUGCGGGUUAUGGCUCCUUCCUUCUGCGAGACCUGCCAUUUGAUGCCAUCCAGUUCGCCAUCUAUGAGCAGCUUAAGAUCCAACUCAAGAAAACGCUGAAGCGGGACCUUAAGGAUCCAGAGAUGGCAGUGGUGGGGGCAAUCUCAGGUGCCAUCACAGGCGCUGUCACCACUCCCCUUGAUGUCAUCAAGACUCGCCUCAUGACGCAGGGGACAUCUGGGCAAUACAAGGGCAUCAUUGACUGCAUUCAGAAGACAGCCGCACAAGAUGGAGCUGGCGCUCUUUUCAAGGGUGUUGGCCCCAGAGUCAUGUGGAUCGGUAUCGGAGGGUCUAUCUUUUUCGGAGUUCUUGAGAAGACAAAGCAGCUUAUGCACAAGGCGUACCACACACCCCCCCCAUCAGAAGCAUAUUUCUAA